CAGCUCUACCACUGAACUAACUCUCUCCCCAUGUAAGGGUCUGUCCUCAGAGGCACUACUGCCCGCUCAGUGUUUGAAUGUGAUGCCUGCCCUCGCUGCUGGGGGAAGGGGGUAGGUUUUGAGUAUCUGUUAACCUUCCCUUUGGUGUGAUGGAACUGUGCAGCCUAUGGCUGCACAUCUUCCUGCAGGACUAUGUCUGUGUGAGAUGCUAGAAUCUAGGGUUUUGAGCCUAGUGGGCAAGCCUUGAUUACUGAGCUGUAACUUCCUGAAUCUUUGUACUUAAAGCCUGUAGAAUGCUUGUUUGGUGUAGCACUGGCUGGCCACAAUCUCACAGAGAUCCGUCUUCCUCUGCCUCCUGAGUGCCGAGGCUUGCACAGACUUGGACUUAAUUUAGUUAUUUGUUAUGGCACUUUUAAUGUAGCCCCCACCCCCACCUCGCCUUAUGGGCACUCUCAUGAUGACUCUGACUUGUUCAUUCUCCUCUCUGAUCUUUGUGACUGUAAAACCUUGGUGGUAGCCAGCCUUUAAAAUAAGGCUGCUUGUAUAACUUGGGCUAGGCCUGGCUCAGCAAAGCUCUACCAGCCAUACUGGGUAGCUCACACAGUGCUCUUGGACCUGAAUGGUUCAGGGUGGCCUUGCUCCUCAGCUGGUGAUGCUCAUUCUCACAAGAGGCUGGUCUGGCUUUCCAGGGUUGAGUUGCAGAGGACAGGCUGCACAGUGCUUGUCAGACUUUCAUUUGUAUCCCAUUUGGUGGUGUACAAGUAGCCAAAGAAAUCACAACGCUACGACCAGAGUCGUGUAGGGUGUGGCUAAGUGGAGGCUUGAUGGGAAUUGUUAGUGGUCCACCAUGGUGGGUCGGAGGUGGGUUCCUCAUCACAGCUGUAUGAAGAUGACCAGUUCCUCUUCUCUAGUCUGUCAUCUUUUGGACUCUGAUGAACAUUGUAAAAAACUAAAUGUUUUAAAAAUUUAUGUAUUUUACUUAAUGUGUAUGUGUGUCAGUGUGGGAGUAUAUGCGUAUGAGGCAGGUGCCUGUGGAGGUCAGGAGCCACUGGAGCUGGAGAUUCCUGUGAGCCACCUGGCCUAGCUGUGGGACCAAAGUCUGUAAGAACAGUAUAUGCUCUUAAGCACUGAGCCAUAUCUCAGCCCUUCUAAAUAGAUGAUGAACACAUAUUUAAUGCUGGAUGCCAAGGAAUAAAAUAAAAAAAAAGGCAGUUUAGCUACUACAGAAUUCAUUUGCGUAAAAUAGCUGUGAUUUCUUAUUCUAGGCACAAAACAUUCUGCUGAGACUUUGCUGAAGGUUUUAGAUUAAAAAAGGACAGUAACUGCUUCUAACAGUCUGCUUUGGACCUGAUUUUACAUUUAGAAAACACUGGUAGGUUUUUAUGAAAAAAAAAAAAAAAGGGUUGCUAUGAUGACUUGGCUUUGAGACUGCAAACUGGUGACGACACGGUCACCUAGGAAACUGAAAGCUGCAGCAUCCGAGAGGCCUCAGAAGGGUUUUGUUGCUGUUGUCUGGAAUGUGAUUGGCUUAGAGGAGUGGCCGUUGAGGAGGGAAAGGAACACCAGAGGUAGAAUGGCCUCCAGAAACUUCUAGGCACAGAUCAAGCUGGGCAAAUCUCCCUCUUGGGCCUUGGUCUAAAAACAAAGGGGAGAUUUUGGGCACUCUGGAUUAUUAUGAGUUUGGCGCUGAUCUUUUGGCUGCUGAAAAACAGGAAAUGAGAGGCCCACAGCAGCCUAAAAGCCCAGAAGCCCCUCUCCCUGUCCCUGUGAGACUGUGCACGUGCUGACUGCAGAGACCUCUCCAGACCACCUAACUCAGACCGAGACAGAGCCGAGAAGGAUCCAGCCACAGUGUGCCUGCCCAGAGCAGAGUUCUCUCCUGAUUCACAGAUGGAGUCAGUGGAAAAGACAACGAACAGAAGUGAACAGAAAUCAAGAAAGUUUUUAAAGAGCCUCAUUAGGAAACAACCUCAGGACCUGCUCCUGGUCAUUGGGACUGGUGUGAGCGCAGCAGUGGCCCCCGGGAUCCGCGCGCUCUGCUCUUGGAGGAGCUGUAUUGAGGCAGUCAUCGAGGCUGCAGAGCAGCUGGAGGUUCUGCACCCUGGGGACGUUGCCGAGUUCCGGAGGAAGGUGAUGAAAGACCGGGACCUGCUGGUUGUGGCCCAUGAUCUGAUCCGGAAAAUGUCUCCUCGCACAGGUGACACCAAGCCCAACUUCUUCCAGGAUUGUCUAAUGGAGGUUUUUGACAGCUUGGAACAGCACAUCCAGAACCCUGUGGUGCUACAGUCCAUCCUCAGCCUGAUGGACAGAGGCACCAUGGUGCUGACUACCAACUAUGACAACUUGCUGGAGAUCUUUGGGCAGCAGCAGAGCAAGCCCAUGGAGUCCCUGGACUUGAAGGACAAGACAAAGGUCCUUCAGUGGGCAAGAGGCCACAUCAAGUAUGGUGUUCUUCAUAUUCAUGGCUUGUACACAGACCCCUGUGGGAUGGUCCUGGAUCCAUCGGGCUAUAAAGACGUCACUCAAGAUCCAGAAGUAAUGGAAGUCCUGCAAAACCUGUACCGCACCAAGUCUUUCCUGUUUGUGGGCUGUGGAGAGACCCUGCGCGACCAGAUAUUCCAAGCUCUCUUCUUAUACUCGGUGCCAAACAAGGUGGACUUAGAGCACUAUAUGGUAGUGCUCAAGGAAAACGAAGACCACUUCUUCAAGCAUCAAGCAGAUAUGCUUCUGCAUGGAAUUAAAGUGGUGUCCUAUGGGGGCUGUUUUGAUCUUUUCCCAGGCUAUGUGCAAGACCUUGCCACUCAGAUCUGCAAACAGCGAAGUCCAGAUGCUGAGCGAGUGGACAGCACCACUUUAUUGGGUAAUGCAUGUCAGGAUUGUGCGAAGAGGAAGUUGGAAGAAAAUGGAAUUGAAGUUACAAAAAAAGUCAGACAGUCAGAUACUGAUGAUGCUGGAGGGUCUUGAAGAUUUUAAAACUUGAAACUUGAAAACCAGCCUUCUGUAACCACAGUGCCAUGCCCAAGCGAUGAGGAAUGUACAGAGGACUCCAUAUGGAU